AUGCUGUCAGACACAGAAUCAGAAUCGGUUUUGCUUACCAGUUGCCUAAACAAAAUUAAAAAAGCACUCCCUUGGGUGGAGCGUCUUGACGUUGUCACGGGUCCAGCUCCUGCACCCAAAGAAUCAGGCAUCUAUGAUGAUGCCCGCAAGAUUGACCCAAAUGACGAUUUUAAGCGGGAAGCUUAUCGUGUUGCGCAAUCUGCCGUUCUUGAAGCGAUUCCGAAGCUUCACGAGUUGGGCAUACCGACAAAACGUCCAAAUGACUAUUUUGCUGAAAUGAUUAAAUCAGAUGCCCAUAUGGCAAAGGUUCGGGAAAACAUUGUUGUAAAUAGUAAACGUUUGGAGUUACGUGAAAAGGCAAGACAGCUACGCGAGCAGCGCAAAUUCGGUAAGCAGCAACAGAAAGAAAUUCUCGAAGCACGUCGAAUUGAAAAGAAAAAGCAUAUGGAAGCCCUCAAAGCCGCUAAAAAGGGCCGAGUUGGGAAAGAACAAGCCCAAAUGCUGGAGGAGUACCUAACCUCAGGCAGCAGAAAACAAGCGGCUCACGACAAUCUGCAGUCGAAACCGAAUAACAAAUACUAUCGCCCCGAGCAAUAUGCCAAGCGACGAAAGGUGAAUCAGAAGCGGGUGUUCAAGAACGCCGUUUACGGUCACGGGGGUCAGAAGAAGCGUUCGAAGCGCAACAAUGCCAUGUCAGCUGCUUCUCGAAGCAAGGGCGAAGUGAGCGUUCUCAAUCACACCUCAUCGGCCGCCCGAAUUAAUCGACUGAGCAAGAAAAUGCAGAAGUCGAAAAAGAAGAAUAUUCAAAAGGGACCCAAUAAGGGCGCUGGCGGGUUUUGA